AGUUCAGCAGCUUCAGAGUGGAAAAGGGAUCAGUCCAGUCAGCAGUGACCACAUUUUCUUCAAUAACCACCGCACCACUAAUUUGGUCUUCGAUACAUCCACCUCUUCACUUCAUCACUUCAUCACUCAGGCCCUCUGUGCAAGAAGCAUAAGCCAUCAGUCAGCCGGCGCGAUAAUCAAACCAUACACAACCCAACUGAAACACAACUUCAAGUGUUAUUUCGAUCGCAGCGAACACAGCCGACUAAAACACCAGUCGUCGGUUCGACAGACACAACAUCCAUCACCACCUACCACUUGGUGCUUGCAAGUCCAGCACGAGAGUUCUGCUGCAACAUCUUUGGAGUUCCCAUAAGACCCAACUUAAAAUGGCCCAAACACCAGCCCAAAGACGCGCCAACGAGAAGCACGCCAAGACCGUUGAAAAGCGCAUGGGCAAGCCCGAAACCGCUUACAAGAAGAAAGAGACCAAGAAGUCUCCUGUCGGCAUCGCCGCUGUCGCCCUCCUCAUCUUCGUCGUCAUCGCACCUCUCCUCAUCGAACAACUCCGUCUAAUCCCCGCCGUGUGGACGUUCAUCAUGGAUCUACUGGCCCGGAUCGGCUUGGUGUCAAAAUAAAUAGAAAAUAAAAACCCGGUGUUCAGCUCGAUUCGCUUCGACGCCACUGAGCUUCCUAGUACUUAUUCGCUACUUGCUACUUGCUCGUCUGAUAUAGCCUCAAGUCAACUGAUGAGACUACCACCAUCCAUCACUAGUAGGAGUGCCAGUCAAACCUGAUCACCUCCCAGAAUACCAUUAGUCAACAGCUGAAACUCAUCAUAAACCUUGGUCGUAACAUUCGCCGCACUCUUCUUGAUACAAGCCAGCAUAAACUCCGCAGCCUCACGAUCGCUCCUAUCAAGGACAAACCUGUUCUUGAAAUUCCGCAUCGUCUCCGGCUUGAAGCAAGGCAGUCCCGAAUCCAACAUCAGCUCGACAAUAUGCGACAAUUUAUCACAAUAUUGCCUGGACGCCAAAAAGGCCUUGAUAGUCAAUUCCUCGAACCAGCGAUACGGCUGACUGGUCGCUGGAUCAUCACCGCCCAUGACGGCAAUCAUUUCCGGCGUGAGUUUGAACGGUGCACGUUCAAAUUUAACACCACCAGGGGCAAUGUCGAAACAAAACCCAAAGUCGAUAUGUAGAAUAUGUCCCUUGUCAUCGACCAUGAUGUUUCCGUUGUGGCGGUCUUUGAACUGUAAUAGAUAGCUAAUCACAGAAUACGC